ACGUAAAUACUACGUGCUGGGGCCGUCUCGUCUCUCUCUGCCGCGUCAGGCCCCACACCCCACUACUACUCUCCCCCGCGGCAGCCCCGUGCCACCGCCUAUCUCUCUCUCUCUCGCCAUGGACGGAACUCCAAGCCAUUAGCAGCAUUUGGCAGGGCCUCCUCCCAUUUCUUCCUCGGGAGCAUCCAUCUGCCCCCUGCCUGACGGAACAAAAUGGGGCUGCUAUUGUCGAAUUGGUUUUUUCUCUUCUUCGCUUUCGUUUCAUCAUCGUGGAGUUUGAAUUUAGAUGGUCAAGCCCUUCUUGCACUGUCCAAAAAUCUCAUAUUGCCAAGUUCCAUAAGCUACAGUUGGAAUGCUUCUGAUAGAACUCCUUGUAAUUGGAUCGGGAUUGGUUGUGACAAAAAGAAUAAUGUGGUCUCUCUUGACCUAUCAUCUUCUGGAGUUUCUGGUUCACUAGGAGCUCAAAUUGGACUUAUAAAGUACCUAGAAGUCAUCAGUUUGCCAAAUAACAACAUAUCCGGUCCAAUCCCUCCAGAAUUGGGCAAUUGUAGUAUGCUUGAUCUAUUGGAUCUUUCUGGGAAUUUUCUGUCUGGUGAAAUACCAGAAUCCCUUGGCAACAUCAAAAAGCUAUCAUCACUCUGGUUGUACAAUAACUCCCUCAAUGGAGAAAUACCAGAGAGGUUGUUCAAUAGCAAGUUUCUGCAGGACGUGUACCUCCAGGACAACAGUCUCAGUGGUUCUAUCCCUUCGUCAAUUGGUGAGAUGACAAGUCUCAAAUACCUUUGGUUGCAUUACAAUGCAUUAUCUGGAGUACUGCCAGAUUCAAUUGGCAACUGCAGCAAGUUGGAGGAUGUAUAUCUACUAUAUAAUCGUUUGAGCGGUAGUAUUCCGAAAACGUUGAGCUAUGUCAAAGGACUGAAGAAUUUUGAUGCCACUGCAAAUAGUCUCAACGGAGAGAUUGAUUUCAGUUUUGAGAACUGCAAGUUGGAGAAAUUCAUAUUGUCAUUCAAUCAGAUAAGGGGCGAAAUUCCACCAUGGCUAGGGAAUUGCAGUAGGUUGACAGAACUUGCACUUGUCAACAAUAGUCUCUCAGGCCAUAUUCCAGCUUCUCUUGGCCUAUUGAGCAACCUCUCCAGGCUUUUGCUUUCUCAGAACUCCUUGUCUGGCCCAAUCCCUCCUGAGAUUGGUAAUUGUCGGUUGCUGUUGUGGCUAGAGAUGGAUGCAAACAUGCUCGUGGGUACUGUUCCUAAAGAGCUGGCUAAUCUGAGAAACUUACAGAAGCUCUUUCUGUUCGACAAUCGCCUCACCGGGGAGUUCCCUGAGGACAUUUGGAGCAUCAAGCGCCUGGAAAGUGUCCUUAUUUACAGAAAUGGUUUUACUGGGAAGCUACCUCUAGUGUUAUCUGAGUUGAAGUUCUUGCAAAAUAUCACACUUUUUGAUAAUUUCUUCACUGGAGUCAUACCUCCAGGUUUGGGUGUUAAUAGCCGGUUAAUACAAAUUGAUUUCACCAACAACAGUUUUACCGGUGCAAUACCACCGAAUAUUUGUUCAGGGCAAAGUCUGAGAGUGUUCGUCUUGGGGUUUAAUCUUCUCAAUGGUAGCAUUCCAUCCGGUGUUGUGAAUUGCCCAAGUUUGGAACGAAUCAUUCUCCAAAACAACAAUCUUACUGGACCCAUUCCACAGUUUAGAAAUUGUGCAAAUCUGGACUAUAUGGAUCUGAGUCAUAAUUCCUUAAGUGGAGACAUUCCAGCAAGCUUGGGCGGAUGCAUAAAUAUUACCAAGAUAAACUGGUCAGAUAACAAGCUUUUUGGUCCAAUACCACGUGAAAUUGGAAAAUUGGUGAAUUUGAGAUUUCUUAAUCUAUCGCAAAACAGUCUACUGGGUGAACUGCCAGUGCAGAUUUCUAGGUGCUCCAAGCUGUAUUAUCUGGAUUUGAGUUUCAACUCUCUGAAUGGUUCGGCACUCAUGACAGUAAGCAACCUGAAGUUUCUGUUACAACUGCGGUUGCAGGAAAAUAAAUUCAGUGGAGGUUUACCUGAUUCUCUUUCGCAAUUGCAUAUGCUUAUUGAGUUGCAACUUGGUGGCAACAUUCUUGGGGGUAGUAUCCCUGCAUCAUUCGGAAAGUUGAUCAAACUAGGCGUUGCAUUGAACCUCAGUAGGAAUGGACUAGUGGGUGAUAUUCCAACACUACUGGGAGAUUUGGUAGAGCUGCAAAGUUUAGAUCUGUCAUUUAAUAACCUCACUGGAGGUCUAGCCACAUUAGGAGGUCUGCGGUUACUGAAUGCCUUGAAUGUUUCUUAUAAUAGAUUCAGUGGACCAGUGCCAGAGUAUCUUAUGAAAUUCCUGGAUUCCAUGGCAAGUUCGUUUAGAGGAAAUUCUGGUCUCUGUAUUUCUUGCCAUGCCAGUGAUUCUUCUUGCAAGAGAUCUAAUGUUUUGAAACCUUGUGGAGGAUCAGAAAAACGAGGAGUACACGGCCGAUUCAAGGUUGCUCUUAUAGUUCUCGGUUCAUUGUUCUUUGCAGCACUACUUGUACUUAUACUCAGUUGCAUCCUUCUAAAAACUCGAGCUUCAAAGACAAAAAGUGAGAAAUCAAUCAGUAAUUUGCUUGAAGGCUCUUCUUCAAAAUUAAAUGAGGUUAUAGAGAUGACAGAAAACUUUGAUGCCAAGUAUAUCAUUGGUAAAGGCGCUCAUGGGAUUGUGUACAAGGCGACAUUGCGUUCAGGGGAAGUAUAUGCUAUAAAGAAGCUUGCAAUUUCCACACGCAACGGUUCUUACAAAAGCAUGAUUAGAGAACUGAAGACACUAGGUAAAAUUCGGCAUAGGAACUUGAUAAAGCUGAAAGAAUUUUGGUUGAGAAGUGAGUGUGGGUUCAUACUUUAUGAUUUUAUGGAACAUGGUAGCCUUUAUGAUGUUCUGCAUGGUGUUGGGCCGACGCCAAACUUGGACUGGAGUGUGCGCUAUAACAUUGCUCUUGGAACUGCCCAUGGUCUAGCGUAUCUUCAUCAUGACUGUAUCCCUGCAAUCAUUCACCGAGAUAUUAAGCCAAGCAAUAUAUUGCUGAACAAGGACAUGGUGCCACGCAUCUCAGAUUUUGGCAUUGCAAAGAUCAUGGAUCAGUCUUCUGCUGCUCCACAGACCACUGGGAUCGUUGGCACCACUGGAUAUAUGGCCCCAGAAUUGGCAUUUUCCACCAGGAGCAGCAUCGAGACCGACGUGUACAGCUACGGCGUUGUACUACUCGAGCUGAUAACUAGAAAGAUGGCGGUGGAUCCCUCGUUCCCCGACAACAUGGACAUUGCCAGAUGGGUGCACCACGCACUGAACGGCAAGGACCAAGUCGCGGUCGUCUGCGACCCAGCCCUCAUGGACGAGGUCUAUGGCACGGACGAGAUGGAGGAGGUGCGCAAGGUCCUGUCCUUGGCUCUCAGAUGUGCCGCCAAGGAGGCGGGGCGACGGCCGUCAAUGAUCGACGUCGUGAAGGAGCUGACCGAUGCUAGGGCUGCUGCCAUCUCAUCGUCAAAGCAGGCGAAACAGGGCUCCCGUCGCGUGGCUUGUCCUGAUGGCUAACAUUUGUGACUAGGCUGUUGAACCUCUUUUGCCCAGGUGUGUGUGGUCAGAAUGUAGUCUCGAUUUGGCUUACUGCAAUUGGCAGUGGUUGUGGCUGAUUACAACUGGGUGAUUUAUGCUGGCAACUGAGCUUUGAUAUGAGUAGUUUGCAGUGGUACUAAUUUCUAACUAGAUGCUUUUUUUUUAGAGGAAUU